AUGGCUACUGGUUUGGAAGGGCAGGAUGCCCUGAACCCCAACGAGAUGAACGAUGAUUUUCAGGUUAUGAGUCGCCCAAACGCUGCUCAAGCGCCCGCUGCAUUUGAUGAGCGAGCGGGGCGGGCCACCAUGAUGAAUGGUGUUUCUGCUCCAAGUGGUGAUGGACCUCGUCUGUCGAACGUCUUGGACCUAGAUGGAGAAACGAGGCCUGAUGAUCGGGCCAUGGGGCAACAGCAGCCGUCUCAAGCGAGCCAGAGACCAGACCUGCCAAUGAGCUCUGGAGAAGAAACUGCGAGGACCUUUCUACUCGGCCCAGGUGGAGAGGCUAGAGCUUCUAGUGAAGUUCCAGCACCUCCGCCUUCACCGAAACCGAAGAGGGGCCCAGCGGCCCUUUUGGGUGGAAUGGCAAAGGCGGUGCAAUCACUGCCUGCAGCAGUGGAAGGACUCGUGAUGGGUCAAGGGUCUCAGGCUACGACUCGGCAGACGGCAAGAUCAACAGAUGUUGAGGGGUACGCGUCAGCUCAGUCUGGUAGCCCAGAAUAUGUGCGAAGGCAGACGGCGGACGCUCCGCCUCCUGCCACUCCGCUCCUGGACGAAAGGACCCUGAGAAGGUUGAACGAGAUGCCUGGUGCAGCGCCACAUUUGUAUCAACCUGAACAGCCUACGUCUGGACUGAAGCCUCCUUCAACUACAUCUAGUGAUAUUCAGAAUGAGGUAGAGCUUCUAGUGUCUGAGAAUCAGAUGCUUCAGAGAGAACGCCCAGAAGCGUGCUUGGCUUUCAGUGACUGGUUGCACAGCACCCGUCCUGCCCUGGCGGAUGUGUCCGACAGUAGUGAGCAGCUGUGGCAAGCGGUUCUAGAUGAGUCCAGUGCCUGGUACGCACAGCGCUGGAAGCGCUGGUGUUCCCGUAUGAGCGAACUGGGUGGGACAUUGCCCGACUGUUCCCUCCAGUUAAAAGCGCUUGAGAAGAUGUCUCGCACAGCGCUUCAAGCGCACCCGGACAUAGCUUUCCGAGUCAAUCUGACGAGGGCAGCUCUUCAAGUCGACACCAACCCGGACGACUUGAAGAUCGGCCAACUGCAUGCCCAGAUCCUUGCAGAACUAGAGGCACUGGGUCAUAGGACCUCUAAGGAUGAUAAGGCCAAGGAUUCCCAGACCGGAACCCCGCCUAAGAUCAAGGGAGUUGAGCAGACGGAGCUACUGAAGGUGGACCUGCAUCUGGGAUACCUUGCUGCCAAAGAUUUGUCGCAGCAGCAAAUCAAGACGAUGCUAGCAGAUGCAGCGGCCAUCCUCCAGCAGGCCUCACCGGCGGGUAAUGGUCAGCAGACACCUGUGAUGGCGGUGCCAAUCAGCCCUUGUCCUCAGGCUCCCUCCAGCACAGGAGGAGCUCCCACGUCACCUACUGCACAAGCCUCUCCGGCAAAUCCGGUCCAGGGAACGCCCAUCACCCUAGCUGCCUUGAAUGCACAGAUUGAGAGCCUCAGGUCUUUGGCUAGAGACUAUGAAGUAAAGAUGAUAGCUAUAGGGCAUGAGGCAAAUAAAGCGAUGGCCAAAGAUGAUGUACACGUGAAGGCGCUUCUUGACAGUGGAGCUACGCAUGCUGUCGUUCCGUUCCGGAAUGGUAUGACUGGCCUAGAAAGGGUGCCUGUCACUCUCGCAGGUGAUCAGCGUGAGGAGUGGUUCAAGACGGAUGGAGGGCUGCCGAAGUCUAGUGUGGAGACGCAUCUUCCUCCACAAGGGUCUGUCGAGCCCUGCCAGAAGCCUGAGGAGCAGCAACCACAUGCUACUGCCUUGCCAGAGGAAGAUGAGUUAGCAGAAUAUGAACCGUCUCUUCCCAGUGAUCCGGAAGACUGGGAUCCACUUGCUGACUUUGACUCAGGUGCAAAGGCUAUCAAGGUAGGUGAGAAAGAUGGUCAUCCUAAUGAAGAAGGGGAGCCACCGGCCGAGGCUCAGGAGGAGGAUUGGUUGCGAGACGUGGAAUUGGAUGAGCAGUUGACAGACCUGACUUCAGGUGUUGAGUUGGUGUCGCUGAGGUUCAUGGUUGGACUCAAGACCAAGUCUGGUCCUGAUGUGACUACGGGAGUCCAGAAAAUGAUUCUGGAGAUCUCACGUAUGUAUCCCGUGAGAGUGCUGCAUUGCGACCCGGGUACCGAAUUCGGGUCAGACCGGCUGUCUUCUUGGUUGGCACAACAAGGAGUCCGGCUGCAAACGACCGUGCCGACUGACAAGCAAGCUAAUGGCGUAGCUGAGCGGGGCGUUGGGUGGCUAAAGGCCCGAGCACGGACUUUGCUCUCAGCCACUGGACUUGCCGCGGCGUACUGGCCCUUAGCAAUGCGCUACGCUGCAGAGUCACACAAUCGGCAAGUCCUGAAGUGGAUAACGGCUUCGUAUGCCGCUCCCCAUUUGACCAUCCCAGAAGGUCAUGUCCUAGUUACUGCAGAAGGGAGGAGUCUGCAAUGCCACAAGGGAAGGUUCCAAGUGAAGGUUCUCCAGGUGCAGAAGAGAUUCCUUGAAGUUGAAGAAGAUGUUGAGAGGGAUCCAGAGGCCUUAGCAAAAGGGGCGAACCUUGAUCAGGACUUCACCGAAGAGAAUUCCAAGCCAGGUAUGUGUUUGGAGCCUUCUGCCAUGGAGGUCGCGGUCCACCGAGAUUACCGCAACGAAUGGGGAACUAAGAAGAAACCUGCAGAACAGGUCCAGCCUAGAUGGGAUUCGGAAGAGGAUAAAGAGUAUCUGACCUCAUCCGGCUUUGUGCUUCCAGACCUUCCAUUCCUCACGCCAGAAGUGAAGGAAGAUAUCCAAGAGGACUCGCACACCAUCCCGAUUGGAUGGGACCCUACCGGAGAAACAGGACCCAACAUGCCUCAAGAAAACUUGGAGGAGAUGGAUUUAUACGAGUUUUUGGAAGAUCGCGAGGUUGAGUGGACCAUGAAACGAUUGACCUUCAUGGGAGUUGAAUCUCUAGCAGACCUAGCAUAUCUGUACGUUGAAGAUUUAGUGGAGCUAGGCUUGCCUCUUGAAGAUGCACGACGAAUUAUGACAGGGAUCCACCCCACUGGAACUGUAAGGCCUGAUAAUCCCAAUAUGAUUUCCCUCACCACUGGAGAGGUUUGUCUGUUCGAUCGAGGACAACGGCAGAUUCCGCGGGUGAUCCAAAACCGCACUUUGGGAUACCAUGCUCCAGGACCUCCGGUUCUAGGGCUGGGAAUCAAUACUCAAGCUGCACCUGAUGAUCCGAUCCCAUACCUUGAAGACUGGCAAGAGCUGAACGGGUAUCGUCAACCCGAGCCAGUCUUGCCACCAGAACGCGACCCAGUGGAUCUGACCGGUCCAAGGGAUGAGCGAGAAGAACCUCCGGAGGUCUCUGCUGUCCUUCAUGUUGACGGAAACCUAGCUUCCCAGUGGGUUCCAUCUUCUAGUUCAGGUUCCUUGCAAGGCUCGGUGACUGGACUAGCGUCGCAGCACGUCACGGCUUUUGACAGUAAUGCCUACUCUAUGCACUCCAUGUGGAUGCAAUCCAUUUGGGAUGCUCAGUCCCAGGAGGAGUUUGAUGCUCUAGUUGAUUGGCAACCGCCACGGCAGCAAGGAGCAGCUCCACCAGGGAACGAAACGACUGUUGACCAGGUAGAUGAGUACCGCUGCAACAUGCUGCAACAUGUAGAUUGGGAGCCGAAGCCCCCGCUGAGUAGAAAUUCGCGACGUACAGGUGAGCUGCCAUCACUUGACUCACCUUCCCUAGCCACUCCCGUCCCAGAGAUAGGGGUAUCUAUUCCAUCCACGGUUUCGGCCCUGGUUUCCAUGGAUCCACCUCCUCGAUCAGCAGAACUGGAUGUGGAGGAUCCUAGGAUAAGCAAAGUAGAAGAAACUUCUUACACAAAGGACAUUGAGUCGCUCCUAGAGAAGUUGACAGGCAUAGAGGAAGGCAAGCGCGAGAACUUCUUCAGCAACCUAACACUGAGGAUAGUUUCUUGCGGAAACUACGCUAAGGAGGUGUCGGAGGAGGUUUUGUACGCCUCCGGUGCAGCGGCGGAGUCGCUGCGCAUCCUGUUGAUACUGGCAGGAAGGUCCACAGUCCCGGUACCAAAGGACUGGGUGAAAGACCAGCCACCGGAGGAGCGAGAAAUCCAACUUGCAGACGCCUUGACCAAGGCUUUACCCGCGCCCCGCCUUAAUGAUCUUAGUGAGAUGUUGGGUUUAGGCCUUCCACCAUCUGCAGAUCCGGCGGUGCAAGCUGUGAUGACCACUGCCCGUGCCUUCAAUCACCUUGAUCCGACAGAGGGGCAAAGUGUCCUUCUGAUCUUGGCAUUGAUGAUGACUCAAGUGGUGCCAGCAGCAUCCCAAGAUGAUGAGGAGGUCGAGGGCGUGAGUCUAGAUCUUUACUUUGUGGCGGCAAUGCUAGCGCCAAGCCUAGAGAUCACACUGUGGCAACCGUGCGUGCAACAGAUGAUGAAAGCAGCCACCGCAGGCAAAGAAGGACCUGAAGCAACCCCUCCGAUUGAGGAGGAGGAGAGAGUUCAUCAUCCUUUCAGCCUAGCGCUUCCAUUUCCUCUGAUGGACUUUCCGCACUUGGACUUGCAUGGCGGCUACAUCCGCGCAGCCUCUGCGGCUGAGCUGGCUGCAGAUGCCAGGAAAGAUCUUGCACCGGAAGAGCUUCGACCCCUGGCCAUGGCCACCUUGCUGCAGGCGAGAGGCCUCACGGCAUGCGGUGACGCAGCUGCUCAGGCAGAAGCUGCAGACUCUGUUCAGUUGUUUCGACGCCUGGGCGACAGAAUUGGCGAGGCCCACGCGACACACGUCCUUGCGCUAGCAACAGCGCUCGGGGGCACUGCCUCAGCCUACGAGGAUGCCUUUGUCUGGGGUGUUGGGCUUUGGGUCUAA